UCUCCAACUUUUCCCUGAGAGAGCUGGAAUGAAAUCCUGCACAGAAACAGAGAAAUUCCCCGUUUUUUCCUCCUGAAUCCGGAUUUUCUCGUCAGGAAUCAGAAGAAAUGUUCACACUCUGCUGUCAACAUGAGCGGAAGUCUCUCGUGUAGUUUAUAACCGUCACAUAUUCUCACAGGAGGGUGAGGCGGGAUGGCGGAGGGGGAGGAGGCCAUGAGCCAGGAGGACUGGAAGGAGAAGUGUAUGGUCCUGGAGGCGCUGCUCAUGAAGUUCAGAGUGCAGAUCAUCAAGAUUCGAGACCUCACUGCAGACAAGAUUCAGCAGUUGGAAACGCAGGUGAUCGAUGCAGAAAAACGGGCCUUCACCGCUCACCAGCAGGUGCAGUGGAUGGAGGAGAAGCUGAAAGCUCCAGACAGUCCGUCCGGAGACUCGGAGGUGCGAUUGUUUCAGCGGUGCCAGGAGCUGCAGGCCCUGGUGCAGGAGAAGGAGGACGUCAUCGGCCAGCUGGAGCAGCAGCUAGAGGAGCAGAAACAGAUCCGACUUCAGGACGCCAAAACGGUGGAGGAGAAGGCGGCUAAGAUCAAGGAAUGGGUGAUGCUAAAGCUGUCAGAGUUUGAGCUUGAGAACGCAGCACUGAGAGAAAGCAACAAGCAACAGGAGGCUCAGAUUGAGGAGUUACACAAACAGGUUCAGGCCUUUGAGCAGAAGUGCGGGGGUGGUCGAGGAGUCCUCUGCAGACCGGGGGAGGCGCAGCGUCUCAGCAGCCUGACAUUUGGCUGUUUCCAGGUGAGGGGGAAGAACCCCCAGGUCCUCACUGGACCAGCACCUUCCCAGAGGAGCCUGAGCACCCAGGAAGAGACCGAGGGCAGAGACAAAACUGAGAAGAGCAGUAAGCUCGCAGCGUCCUCAGGGACAGACGGUGAAGUGCAGAGAUCCGAUCGGACUCUGGAGGAAGACAGCACGUCUGAGAGCCUGGGCGAGAACGCAUGUGGACCUGAGUCCCGUGGCGUCUCCUCCGUGCUCUCCAGUGCCGCAUCGGAGGGGGAAGGAGGAGGAGGAGGGUGUGAGGGAAGAGGAGGAGGCGGUCUGGAGUUCAGCCGCCCCGGGAGCGAGACCUACCUGACUGCCUCAGACGACAGCAGCUCCCUGUUUGACGAUGACAUGCAGCGUGCAGAUCGACCCAGCUUCAGCCUGCUGGGCUCCUCAGACGGGGCGCUGGGAGGGUGUAAGGAGGGAGAGGAAGAGACGCACAGGGCCAAGCUGGAGGACUGCACCUCUGAGGAACUCAACAAACGUUUCCAGUCGCAGAGACUUGACUCCUCAUCCUCUUCCAGCGAGCCCAACACCCCCAGCCCCAUCCUCACACCAGCGCUCACGCCUAAAAGACCCAACCCACCUCAGGAUUCAAGGGACAACCCCGCCUCGCCCAAACAGCCUCGCCUGCGGACCCCUGCAGGGUUCGGGCUGAUGAACGUGGCUCUAGCCAAGAAACACCUGAGCCAGCCGCCUAUCAGCAGUGAGGUGGCAUACGGACAAACGCGCAACGCUCUCAGCAUGCUGCGCCCCCUCCGGCCACAGGAAACUGACCUCGACCAGGAGCAGGAGGUCAGCAUGGAGACGGGCAGGGACACGCCUCCUCAGGUCCUCUUCAGCUCACCUGGUCCACCUGAACCUGGUUCAGGGAUCAGCCCAGAGAGGCAAGACUGUGACAGCUCAGCACCUGGCAGCAAACCUCCGACACCGCCUUUACACCGGCUGCCCUCCUGGGAGAGUCGUAUCUACGCUGUGGCUAAAUCAGGAAUCAGACUGUCGGAGACGUCCUGCUCAGACCCCGCUAGCAGAGACCCCUCCCUCCAGUCCUCAUACCCUGCCUUUGUAAUGUACACAUCCCUCAUCUAUAAAAACAUGACCACACCAGUUUACACUACUCUGAAGGGGAAAGCCACUCUGCUCAGCAGCAGCCCGUUCUCAGAUGACUCCUCCAGCUCUGAGGAGUCAUCCAGUUCAGGAGAGGAGGACGGCUCCAUCUGCAGCUCUCACACCUCCUCCAGCUCCCGCAAGGACAGCAGCCCGGGCAGCCCGCGCUCUCUCAAGAGAGCUGUGUCCAUGUCUUCAAUGACAUCAGAGAGCGACUACGCCAUCCCUCCUGAUGCCUACUCCACCGACACAGAGUGCUCUGAACCGGAGCAGAAACUCCCAAAGACCUGCUCUGCAGCCAGUGACAACGGCAAGAGUGAACCGAUGGAGAAGUCAGGCUACCUCUUGAAGAUGGUGAAGACCUGGAAGAAGACAUGGAAGAGACGCUGGUUUGUCCUCAAAGACGGAGAGCUGCUCUACUAUAAAUCACCUAGCGAUGUGAUCAGGAAGCCUCAGGGUCAGAUCGAGGUCAACGCCACCAGCAGCAUCGCUCGCGGCGAGGGAAAACAAGUUCUCCAGAUAGUGACGGGGAAGCGGGUGUACUACCUGAAGGCGGACUCUCCCAACCUGCUGGAGGAGUGGCUCAGGGUGCUGCAGAGCGUGCUCAGGGUGAAAGCCGCCAGUCCUCUCUUCACCCAGCCGGAUAUUCGACCCGGCAUGAAGGGACUGCUCGUCAAGGUGAAGCACGGUUACUCUAAGCGGGUUUGGUGUGCUCUGAUUGGCAAAACCUUGUACUAUUUCCGCAGCCAAGAGGACAAGUUCCCCCUGGGUCAGAUCAAGCUGUGGGAAGCCGGGGUGGAGGAGGUAGACCGGUCAAGAGAUUCAGACGAUGACCUGAAGGCGUGUGGGCGGGGCCUGCAGGCGGCACCUUUCACCAUCGUCAUCCAUCCGCAGGAGCAAGGCCCGACCUACCUGCUCAUCGAGUCCCGCCACGAAAAGGACUCGUGGCUGUACCAUCUGUCUGUGGCAGCGGGGAGCACGGUGGGUAAAGUCGGCACGGAGUUCGAACAACUGGUGGGAAAACUCUUCCAGCUGGAUGGAGAUCCAAACUCUCAGAGCUGGAGACAUCCUAUGUUGUGUUUCAGUAAGGAAGCUCUGACGUCUCCUCUCACCACGCUGCCGUCACAAGCUCUGCAGACAGAGGCUGUUAAACUCUUUAAGACGUGUCAGCUGUUCAUCAACGUGGCCAUCGACGCUCCGGCCAUCGACUACCACGUCUCACUGGCCCAGAGUGCCCUGCAGGUGUGUCUGGCCCACCCCGAGCUCCAGAACGAGUUCUUCUGCCAGCUCAUCAAGCAGACCCGCAGGAGGCAGCCACACGGCCAUCCAGGACCCCUGCAGGGCUGGCAGUUUCUCGCCCUGUGUGUGGGCCUGUUUCUGCCUCAGCACCCGUUCCUCUGGCUGCUCCAGGUUCACCUCAACAGACACGCCGACUCCAGGACUGAGGUGGGUAAGUACGCCAUCUACUGCCAGCGCUCCAUGGAGCGGACCCAGCAGAAGGGCGAGAGGCAGGCCCGGCCGUCCCGUAUGGAGAUCCUGUCCAUCCUGCUGAGGAAUCCCUAUCAUCACUCCCUGCCAUUCAGCGUGCCUGUUCACUUCCUCAAUAGCACCUACCAGGUGGUGAGCUUCGAUGCUUCGACCACAGUGGACGAGUUCCAGUGUCGCCUCAACCAGGACACCGGCAUGAGGAAGACGGGGCUGUCUGGGUUCAGCCUGUACACUGACGACCCCACUGGACGAGAGCUGGAGCACUGCCUGCAAGGAGGCAUCAAGAUUUGUGACAUUAUCUCCAAGUGGGAGCUAGCCUCGAAGGAGCAGCACACCGGCAAGUCUGAAAACACUCGGACCGUCCGCCUCACCUACAAGAACAGACUCUACUUCUCUCUCCAGGUCAGGGGGGAGUCAGAGAGGGAGAGGUUGCUGCUGGCUUAUCAGACAAAUGAGGCCAUCGUAGCGGGACACUUCCCCGUCAACAAGGAGCUGGCUCUGGAGAUGGCUGCCCUGCUGGCCCAGGUGGAGUUUGGGGAUUUUGAGCGUCCCUUCUCGGCUCCUGGAUCAGCCCCGACCAAGUCUAACCAAACCCUGAAACAGGUUCUGGAGAGAUUCUACCCUAAACAUUACCGCCGGACCACAUCUGAGGAGCAGCUCAGACAACUGCUGCAGCGCCUCUCCGCCCGCUGGGCCUCCCUCAGGGGUCGAAGUUCACCAGAGUGUGUCAGGAUCUACCUGACCGUUGCCAGGAAGUGGCCUUUCUUUGGCGCCAAACUGUUCGAAGCAGAGUCCAUCACGCCGUCUCCAGAGCAGCGUGUCCGUGUUUGGCUGGCUGUGCAUGAAGAUGGUAUCAGUGUUCUGGAGCACAACUCUGUUAAACCGCUGGUGUCCCACCCCUACAAGAACCUGAUGACGUUUGGAGGCUGCAAACAGGACUUCAUGCUGGUCGUGGGACAGAGCAUCGGUUCCAACACGAGCAAAGACAAACCUACGGAGAAACAUCUGUUUGCUAUGGACGUCUCUAAGAUCAGGGAGAUCACCCUCCUCAUCUCCAGUUACAUCAACAGCGCUCACCAGCAGAAGGCCGCCGCCCACCACCUCUCCGCCCCGGCUCUCAUGGUGGCUCAGCCAAUCAGCCUGAAGAGCAAAGAGCUGAGGAGCAAGUCCCCGCCAGCCCUGGGACGCCCCAGCAAGGCCCCCACGCUGCUGUGAAAAAACAUCCCUGUCAAUGACAGCAGCUGAUUCCAGUCGCACAGCCCUUCUUUCUUAUCAGCCACAUCCUGUAGGUUUGUCUGAUGUCAGAUUAAAUUGUGGUGAAUUUCUGGUGAGCCUACAGGAAGUGGCUCCCUCCUCCAUCAUGUUUGGUAUUCUUUGAUAUGACUGACCAGCUGAGGGUCCAGCGGUUCCUCAUUCAGGAUUUAAGCUCCUGAAAAGUGCCUUCCUCAGAGAGCGUGUGACAUUUUGGGUCUGAAACUGGAGCCGUAGGUUGUAUAAACAGGGUACAAAGGUGUCUAGAAACAACAAUGAGGACUUUUUUUUGGUCUGCCUGAUGAAUGUGUUGCUUUUAAGUGCUGACUCCAAAGAGAAAAAGUCAACAGCAUUUAUUGACCGACCGAGCUGAGGUGUCUCAUUCACCUGUGUGUUCAGGGUGUGUGGUACGUUCCCUUUUGUAAAGAUGCUGAUUUAAGUUCAUUUUAUUAUUUCCACCUUAAAAAAGAAUGCAGUCAUACAGAAGUUGUGUUAAAGACUUGUUUAAAUAUGAAAAUGCGUAUGAAGCAACUGCCCGCAGUUUGCAGUGCAAAAGGUGUGAAUGACGUUCAUAAGGGGAAACCAGUUUGGACCUUGUGUGCUCUCAGUUACUGAAUAGCCAGGAGAGUGGUGAAACUUUAAUCGUGUACAAACCUUUCAGCAAGAUGCCUCCUCCGUAUAUAUCACAUGACAUUACAAAGAGAGGUGUUAUGAGAGGGGUAUAUAAUGUGAUUGUGUAUGUUCAUUAAGAGGAAGAGGGUAAGAGGAUGUGGUAAUGGUUUGAUGAGGGAGAAGUUCUGUUUUGUUACUUAUAGAAUAAUGAAGUAAUGAAGCAGCAGAUAUAAUGCCUCCUCUGUAUAUUUCACAUGACUUUACAAAGAGAGCAGGGUUAGGGUAUGAAAGAGGGGAUAAACCCUGUGUUUGUGUACAUUUAGAAGAAGAGGAUUGGGAAAUGUGUUGGUAAUUGUUGAAGGAGGAGAAGUGUUUUCUGUUUUCUUAGACAGAAUAAUGACAGCGGGGUCAGAUAUACUGUGGUGACCCAUUUAACUGGAAAAACAGGACUUUUUUUUUUAUCUAAGGUACUUUUUUCCCCCUCCCAGUAUUAUCUUAAGCCUGUACAGACAGAGUGAGUAUUGUCAGGUGUUAUAUUUAUUUGUCAUAUGAAAUCAUCCUUGGAAUAUAAUUAUUGCAAGUCAAAUGCUUGAAUAAACUACAGCAAACAAGCUGCUUUUUUGGAUGAUCAACGCCUCCGUGGGAAGCUGUAGAAACCAUAACACUCCAUUUUUUCCUCAGCGUCACCAGAAAGCCGGCGUCCUGCUUCCUCAUUGGUGUGAGCGUAACUGACGUGCUGAUACCUGCAGCAGGUGCCUGACGGCAAGUGACACACCUUCAUUCCUAUAGUCUUUCACAGGAAGAGAGAGAGGGAGAAAGGGGGAGGUGGAAGGAUAUAUGAUACCUAACUUGUCUGAACUAGUUAGAGGCAUGCUUUUGUCCCUGUGUUGCUAUGGAGACGCAGGGGGGAGGGGUGGCGGGAGAGAAAAAAGUGGGUGAGGCGGGUUAGACAUAUAGACGAAUGAUUGAUAUAAAUAUCAAAACUGUGGUAACAAGCCAAACAGGAAGUCUGUAUUCAUCUCUGUAAAAUAAAAUGUGUUGCACGUAUAUACAAAAUAAAGUUAAACAUCUAGAAUACAUUGUUCUCAUUGCGUAGCGUGAAAAAUAAAGAGUUUUAACCUUCAGCGGGACCUCACUGUGGCGUAAAGGUUAAACAGGGACUGCCUUCAGCUACAGCGCAGCCUCAGUGAACGCUGGGAUCAUGUUGUGACAGGAAACAGAGUUUCAACCUCCUUUUCUGCUCAGUGCCACAACACCUGUUUCCAGUUCCCCACCUCACUCUUUUUAUGCUGCUUCAGCGACACUGGACUUUGACUUUUCACCCAACUCCAGUUUCUCAGCAUUCGUGUUGUGUACAUACUCAAUGUGUCCAAUCACUACGAAGCCAGAACCUGACCGACAGGUUGAGCGCAAUACCAGAUGGUUUUCAGACAUACAGCUUUGAAAUGACUAACUUCCCUCCUUCUAACAGGUGUUGUCAUAUAGCAAGGUAGUCUCAGGUGAGCCAGUAUCACCAAUACUUACACAUUCCACAGCUCAAACACAUAUUUCACAACAGCUGGAGGAGAUAUUGUCUAGAUGUUUGAUUGAAGUUCCCAUUAAAAGGAAAACCAUAACAGUGGCAUAUUCAAAACAAGACUGCCACACCCGUGAACCUCCAUUCAGCCGGUCCCAUGUAAACAAAAGGCUUAUUACUAUUAACAAAGCAGCCAUUUUACAUGAGACAAGCCUUGUGUCGGGUCUGGAGAACACUUUUGAAUGUGUGUAAAGCAGUAAAACAUUCAAAAUGGUGCCCACAGCAACUUCCUCCACCUUCCCAUCCCCCGUAAAGUACUUUUUCUCUGACUCACUAGACAAAAAAAACAAAAAAACAAUGCAAAUAAACCUGCGACACAAUCAGUCUUUUAAAAUUUUAUUAAAAACAAUCCAACAAACACAUAUUAGUAAGAAAGAAACUGUACAAUCUAUGACAUGGAAUUUAAAAACCAUUCAACAAGUUCUAAACAUAAAAAUGUGCCAGGCAUAUUUUUAAAAAGAUCUUUAUGGCAUAUAGAUUGGAUGACGCGUUAGGACUUUACACAAUUUAUAAAUAAAAUGGCCGUACCGGUAUUGCCAACAACAUGGACACAACAAAAACAAAAGCAAGCUGAUUGUUCCUUUACAAUUUGUGUUCCUCAAGUAAAAUGGUGAAAA